CUACAGCUUUUUAAAUCUGUACUAAAAAGAAUGAAACCUAUUAAUCCUGUAAGACAACUUUCCUACAUGAAGACAAACAGAACUGCAGACACAAAAAAAACAACAAUAAUCUCUCGCCAACACAGUCUUACACUCCAGUUUAGUUCAGUUUAGCUAGAAAAGAAGCACCAAGACACUGCAGAUGAAUCUGAUGAAAACUGUCAAAGAUGACUAAAUACGAAAUACCAUUCAGCCUCGCAUUCGCAGACCUGGCGCGUUGGCUUGAUGUAAUACGGUCCAUGAGCCUACCAUACUUCUUGCUCUUCAAACUACUACUGGUGUCUUUACCUAUUGCUCAGAUUGCCAUAGGUGCAGUCUAUCUAAAUGAGUGUCCUCAACAGCACUACAUCCCUGUGUACCUGGUGGUGUGUGGAGUGUUUUGUAUUGGUCCUGCCCUGCUCUGCUGCCUGCCCUGUUGUCCAGGACUGGAUGUCUUCUGUAUAAUCUGGAACGGUCUGGUGGCUGUUUUUAUGUUCUGCUGGUUCAUUACUGGCAGUGUGUGGAUCUACUCCAUCUACCCUCCCAACUACAACUACAACUCCACUGAACCUGUAGAGCCCUACUGCAACAAGACCCUCUACCUGUUUGCCUUCUGGACCACCACACUGGGUUUCAUUCCGUUAGCUUUCUCUGUACUUAUUUGUGUGUUGCACUUUUCGAGAAGGGGAUUUACCAAUGUGUUUUUCUUUGCAUGAAUAUGCCUUAGUACCCUCAAAAAAACACAAGAACCCAAUAAAUUAAAACAUUAGUUCAACUCA